AUGGCCCAUCUCGCCAAUCCCCUCGCGACCACGUCGCAACUGUAUCAGCACGCCUCCCUGUCGUCCCUCCCGCAUGACCUCCAGGAAUCCAUCUUCAUCGCCACGCAAUGCCUCACGCAAGCCGCGGGCCAGCUUCUGGACCUGCCCCAGUCUGUGACUGCGCGAGCAAACGUCAUUCUCGCCAGGUACUGGCUUGUAGAUUCGCCAAUGGCACACGAAUUCAGCGACGUCUCAGCGGCCGCAAUCUAUCUCGUCGCAAAAGUCGGCCCCGUUCCUCGAUCGCCGCGUGACGUAUCGAACGUAUACGCAUACCUUCUUUCUUCCAACUCUACGCUCUUCAAAACCGGAGAUUUGCCGCGAAACGAUCCUAAGACGUAUUACCAAUCUGACGCCGACUACUUCUCAUUUCAGAACCGGCUUCUCGCGCUCGAGUCUCGUAUUCUCUAUGCCUUGACUUUCGACACCCAUGCUGCACUCCCGUACGCCUUGGCCAUAACUUACCUCCAAACAAUGGAUUUCCUAUCUCAACCAAAAUCAAGCAUCUCUCGAAAGACGAUUCAGCAUCUCAACACGGCGCUGUUGAGUCCACAGAUGCUAUAUCUUACCCACCAGCCGAAUGCGCUUGCUACCGCCGCGAUAUACAAUGCUGCUAGAGACGUCGGCGCCAAGAUGCCAGAUUGUGAGUGGUGGGAAGUCUUUGAUGUGGACAGAGAGGAGUUGGGGUUCCUCGUAGUUGGUAUGAGGAGUGUUGAUGGGUGGUUUCGACGAAGAAAGGAGGAGACACCCGAAUUGUUCAAGGGGAUGCUGACCAGGAAGGCGAUUGAGGGAGAGAUAAUGAAGAGGGGAUUGCAGGUGAGUAACGACGGAGGCCAGCCAGAUGAGGAGGCCGAGGUUAUGAAGAUUAUGGACGGCCGAUAG